GACAUCAGGGAAAUUCUGAUCUUUUUUUUUCACCAAAAACUUCCUUAACCUCCUGACAGUAACUAGAGAACCAGUCUGUCUGCAGUGUGUAGUGAACAAGUCAUGCCACUCCGCCAUCAGUCUGCAAGAGUGAACACAACGCAAGCAGAUAUGACUGGUGAACAUGGGGAAUUGUGAAUGCAAACCUAAAUGCUGCUGUCCAUGCUGUCCGUGCUGUCUAACAAAAGACCAGCAAGCGUCAGUCAACCGCGACAGAGUCUACACUUCAAUCUACAGCUAUCCUUCACGCACGAUAUGGGACCUGAAUCUCAGGAAAGGAGAUAUUCUGGAAGUGACGGGAGAAACUGAGUACUGGCUGUAUGUUAGGAGGCGAACUGCGAAAACUGACAAAUCGAAAAGCUUCAUUGAGGAACAUGGUUACGUUCCUAAAGAUUUCGUCAAGCCGCUGGACAGCGUAGAGGCCGAGCCAUGGUAUUUUGAGAAUGUUAAAACGCGUGUAGAGGCCAAAAGAUGCCUGCUGAGACCAGAGAACAAAGAGGGAGCGUUUCUCGUCUGGAAAUGUGAUGAAAAUAAUCAUUAUUAUUUAUCAGUGAAAAAUGGCCCUCAUGCACGACAUUACCGGAUCAAGCAGGGAGAAAACGACCAGCAGUUUUUCCUCGUUCAUCACACAACCUUCCAGAGCCUCCGCAAGCUCAUCGAGUUUUACUCCAAACAUGAAGGAGGACUCUGUGCCAAACUUCAUGAAGCCUGUGUGAAGCUGGAUCAGCCGGUUCCUCAGACUCUGUCAUUUGACAGCAAAUGUGAAAUAGACAGAAGUUCACUCACCAAACAACAGAAACUCGGCAGCGGGGAGUUUGCAGACGUGUGGCAGGGGCUUUGGAACAACACAACAGAAGUAGCCAUCAAAGAGUUCAAGGGUGUCAAUUAUUCAGACAUCCAAACAGAGAUUGAAAUCAUGAAGGACCUGCAUCACGAGCGCUUGCUGAAGCUCUACGCUGUGUGUACCACAAGUCAACCAAUGUGUAUAGUCACGGAGCUCAUGAAAAACGGCAGCUUAAAGACAUUUCUAUUACGUCACAAGGAGAAACAAGACCUAGAGUUUUCUCUCAUGCUGGAUUUUGCUAUCCAGAUAACAGAAGGGAUGAUUUACAUUGAGAAUAAAAUAGUUCACCGGGAUCUGAGAGCCGAGAACAUUCUGCUCACCGAGAUGCAGUCCUGCAAAAUUGCCGACUUCGGACUCGCUCAAGUUAACAGACCUGGAAACCAAAGGAUUUCUUCAGAUGUCAGACUUCCGGUGAAAUGGAUGGCUCCAGAGAUAUUCGACAACGGCGAGUACACGAGCAAGAGCGACGUCUGGUCCUUCGGCAUCCUUUUAACUGAAAUUGUCACAUAUGGAGAUGACCCAUACCCUGGUCAAGACAAAAUGUCGUGUGUUCGAGGGAUUCAGCGAGGAGAGCGGAUGCCCCGACCGGCCGGCUGUCCUGAAUCGCUUUACGGCAUUAUGCUCCUGUGCUGGAAGGCAAACCCUAAGGAGAGACCCACAUUUACUGAGCUGCGGGAGAUGCUGAUGGCUCUCAUCCAUGAGCCUGUUUCUGAACUGGAGUAGACUGGAGUAGGCAUAGCCUACAUGUAACUAACACAUAUAAAUUGCGGCAUAAAUUACAGAGGUAGCUGCAACACAAAAUAUACUGGAAAAAAUGCAUUAAAAAGUACACUGAAGCAAAUGAUUCAUUGGAUUUACAAAGUUUUUGUAGGGUAAGUGGUUGCA